UUGGUUCGUGGCCUUGAACACACCACGGGGUCCCGUGGAUCUCCUUCUAGCCUCACAGGGUGAACGUUAAGCAGGAAUGAAAACCUCAGCAGAAACUAAAAACCCCAAACGUGAACCAGAUGAAAGCUCAAUCAGGAUUUGAGCCCUUUUACUUUACAGCUCGACAGUGUGACCGUUCAGUUCCUCGUAUUCGGCGUUCGACUGCGCGGCUCAAACUCGGCUGUGCGACCCAAUGCGUCACCAUUUAUCACUUAUCUCCACGUUGCAGAGGAGCCGGAACCCCGGGGGGUCCAGCUGGGAACACCUCGCUGCGCAGCGGCGCGGCGAUGAGCGCGACAAAAUCCGAGCCCAUUUGAACGCGUCGUCCCCGCGGCGGUGCCGUGUGACGGAUCAAAAUGGCGUCAGAGCGUUUGCGCGAGGAGGCGACGGGAUUAUGUGGCUGCGCGGGGACCGGAGAACUCAACUGGUCACUACUGUCUAAUGGCCCUUUUCAUUUCUCACCAUAUUAGUAAUUUAAAUUUAGAUAUGUAGCAAUAAAUUACACACAAAUGGAUUAAUUGGAAGGAGGCAUAUUUACAAAACAGUUCAGCAUGCGGCCGUCUGCAGAUCAAGCGAGGUAACUCGACGCGGGCGCCGAGGCCUUCACCUCCGAACUCCGCCGAAAAACCUGCAAAACCAUUUCCCCUUUGACACUUGAGACACUGCGAGCAACCUGUUGCUGCCGGAUGAUGCCAUUGUAGCCGACCGCUUCCUCAGCGAACCGCAGCCAGAAGGCCGAGCCAGACCCCCCCCCUUGAACCAGGCCGGAACCAUGGAUGACCCCUACCACAACAACGUGACCCAGCAGAUGACGGAGGGCGGGGAGUACGCGUACACUCAGGACGGGAGGGACGGAUACCCCUACCAGAGCGAGUACCCCCCGCAGGACGAGGACGCCGCCAGCGACGCCACCGAGGGGGCGGACGAGGACGAGCAGAUGUACGAAGGGGAGUACCAGGGCAUCCCCCACCCGGAUGAGAUCAAGGAGGCCCGGCGGGCCGCCCGGAUGGAGGCCCGGAGGAAAGCCCGCCUGGCCGCCCAGCAGCAGCAGGAGGAGGAGGAGAACCUGCCGGAGCAGUACGAGUCCAUCAUGGAGGACUGCGGCCACGGGCGCUUCCAGUGGACACUGUUCGCGGUGCUGGGCCUGGCCCUGAUGGCCGACGGGGUGGACGGCUUCGUGGUGGGCUUCGUCCUGCCCAGCGCGGAGAAGGACAUGUGCAUAUCCAACGCUGACAAGGGUCUGCUGGGUUUGCUGGUGUACGUGGCCAUGAUGGUGGGAGCGCUGGUCUGGGGGGGUCUGUGUGAUAAGAUGGGGCGGCGGAGGUGCCUGAUCUACGUGCUGAGCAUCGACCUGCUGUUCUCCUUCCUGUCCUGCUUCGCUCAGGGUUACGGCUUCUUCCUUUUCUUUAGGUUCUGCUCAGGCUUCGGAAUCGGUGGCUCCAUCCCGAUAGUCUACACCUAUUUCACGGAGUUCCUGCAGAUGGAUAAACGUGGAGAACACCUGAGCUGGCUCUGCAUGUUCUGGAUGCUGGGAGGCCUGUAUGCCUCCUUCACUGCCUGGGGAAUCAUCCCUCACUACGGCUGGGGCUUCGCCAUUGGCACCGAGUUCCAGAUUCACAGCUGGAGGCUGUUCAUAUUCGUGUGUCUGUUCCCUGCUCUGGCUGCGCUCGUCGGGGUCGUCUUCAUGCCGGAGAGCCCGCGUUUCCUGCUGGAGAGUGCGAGACAUGACGAGGCGUGGAUGGUCCUGCGCAGGGUUCAUGACACCAACUGGAAGGCCAAGGGGGAGCCGGAGAGGGUGUUCACUGUCACCAACAUUAAGACCCCACAGACUCAGGAGGACGAGUUCAUUGAGAUCCAGAGCGAAACGGGCACGGCCUUCCAGCGCUGGACGGUCAGACACAUGACCAUGCUGCAGCAGGUGAUGGCCAACGUGAUGUCGCUAUCGGCGCCAGAGCUGAGGCUGCAGGGCCUCCUCCUGGUCAUUGUCUGGUUCUGCCUGGCCUUCAGCUAUCACGGGCUGGGGGUGUGGUUCCCCGACAUGAUCAAGUACAUGCAGUACGAGGAAUACGAGUCCAAGGUCCGAGUCUUCCAUCGAGAGCGAGUGGAGCGUUUCCACUUUAACUUCUCUCUGGUCAACCAGAUCCACAAGGAAGGAGAGUACAUCCACGACAAAUUUGCAAACAUCGAGAUCAAAUCUGUGAAGUUCGAGGAUUCACUGUUCGAGAACUGCUACUUUGAGGACGUCAAGUCCACCAACACCUACUUUGAGAACUGCACCAUCAAGAACACCGUCUUCUUUAACACAGACCUCUGGCAGGAAAAGUUCAAAGACUGUCGCAUGGAGAACACCACCUUCCUCCACCCGAAGAAAGGCUGCCAUUUGAACUUCAAGGAGGAGAACGACAUAGUCAUCUACAUGGUCAGCUUCCUGGGCAGCCUGGCCGUGUUGCCCGGCAACAUCAUUUCAGCGCUCUUCAUGGACAAGAUAGGCAGGAUCCGAAUCAUAGGCGGUUCCAUGCUGGCGUCGUCGGCGUGUUCCUUCCUGCUGCUGCUGAGUUUCAGUCAAGGAGCCGUCAUCUGUUGGCAGUGUCUCUUCUACGGCGUCAGCGUGGCGGCCUGGAACGGCCUGGAGGUCAUUUCCGUGGAGCUCUACCCUUCCUCCAAGAGAGGGACGGCGUUCGGCAUCCUCAACGGGAUCUGUAAGUUGGCCGCCAUUGUGGCCAGCUUCGUCUUCGCCGCCUUCAUCGGCAUCACUAAGAUCAUCCCCAUCCUGCUGGCCUUCGCCGCCCUGGUCUGCGGAGGUCUGGUGGCUCUGAAGCUGCCCGAAACCCGCGAGAAAAUCCUGUCCUAACAAAGCCAAACUGCCGCCUCCGGGUCCCAGACACGCUCCAGCCAAGUGGAAAGCAUCAACUCCAACUGAGACGGAGACGCAAGGAAGAAACAUUAAAACGCUGGAAGCUUGUCUGGUUGCCUGCAGUCCCACCGUUUCCUCUUUAUCACUUCCUGCCCAGCGUCUACUCACACACACGCACCGUGUCCAGCAGCAUUCGCUUUGUUUGAGGUUUAUGUUAAACAUGAAAACGUGUCUGUACUUGAAAGGUGAUGUAGUUCAUGUUACCAUGUUGUGCUUUGAUUUGAUUCACUGCUGGAGGAAAGAAAAACAGGGAAGAUGAAGACACUGGUAGUCAUAGCUGGAAUUGGAUUGGAAUCCUGCAGUAUUAGCUGCAGAGGCACAGCAGCAGCAUGUGACCUGGUGCUGUGGUCCAGUAUUUAUUUAUUCUGCACUGUCCCGUGGUGUCUAUAGCCUUAGUGAAGUUAUUAUUGCUCGGUUUGUUUCCUGUAGACAUAAACCUGGAUUGAGAAUUGUAUUAUUUUUAUGAAAAGUGAUUUAUUCCCGUCUGAUCCAAACAGCCGACUGGCUUCUCCUGCUGCUCGUCGUCGUCUCUGUGAGUCCGAGUCCCGCCUGUCCUCACCCGUAGAGCUGUGUGUUCUGUUCUGUAGGUGGUGAUCACGUAGAACCGCGGUUUAAUCUGUCACAUCUUGCCAUGACAACGUGAGAAAUUAUGUUUAUUUGCUUGUUUUUUUUUCUUUUAUCUGAAAAAAGGUGUUGAUGCAAAACUGUGAGACUAGAUGUUUUGAUAUGAUGCUCUCGUUUUAAUGUUCUGAUGAAGAACUGUUUUACAGAACUCGCUGCAUUUCUGACAAUGUGUCAAGAGCAUGUUUCAUGUUUCAUGUCUUUGAGUGACUGAACUGUGUGCGUGUGAUUUGUCGUCCACAUGCCUGUGAUUUUACUGAAACAAAGUAGUUGGAACUAUCAAUACUGUAUUUUUUGUUGUAUAUAUUGUAGACCUGUGUACAUUAGUUGUAUAGUGGCUCCAUCAUGACUUGAAUAAAGCUGAGGGCUCAUG